AUGGAGCAGCAGAAGCAGAAGAACGAAGAAUUGCAGAAGAAACUGCAAGAAACUGCUGCUCUCGAGGAAGAGGUCGCAAAGAAAAGAGAAGAGACCGAAGACUUGCAGAAGAAACUGCAGGAAGCCUCUGCAAUGCAGGCAGAAAUGGAGCAGCAGAAGCAGAAGAACGAAGAAUUGCAGAAGAAGCUGCAAGAAACUGCUGCACUGCAGGAAGAGGUCGCAAAGAAAAGAGAAGAGACCGAAGACUUGCAGAAGAAACUGCAGGAAGCCUCUGCAAUGCAGGCUGGUUUCUUGCCAUUGAUGCGGUUGGAUAAUAUCAGUUCGCAUUCCAGCUGCAUAAUUAUGCAGUAUGGAAAGUAUGGACAACUUACAGGUCUUGUCAAAGCGUUUCAGUCUAAAUCCAUGAACUCUGGGUAG